AAAAGAAGCUAAGGUAAGUGAUAGGAAAAGCCUCAACUCUCAGAAUGUACUACUUGGAUGUUUGCUUUCUAAGAUUCUUCUAUCAUAAAGCAAUACUAAUAUCCAUAGUUACCAUUUAUUGAUCACUUGAUACAUGUAUCAGAAUCUGAGUAUUUUAAGUUCUUUAUGUAAUUCUCAUAUAGUUCUUACAACCCCCUGAGGUAUUUUUUAUGUCUGUUUUAGGAUGAGGCUCUCCGAUGAGUGGACUAGUGUGUCUGUAUCCAAAGUUUGUAAUCUUUACUAUACUGCUUUAUUUUCUACUUACUUGAAAUUUGUCAUUUUAUGACAUUUCUCUACCAUAUUAUACAUGAUUUCAUCUUUUCUGGGCAGUAGCCAGAGGUUUUCUCCUCUGUGUUGGGCAGAAUUCCAGAAAUCAUUCCUGGAAGAGAAAACUGAAGGCAUUUGGUGUUUUAUAGCAUGACAUUAAGUCAUAAGUGUGUGUGUAUGUUUUAAAUUCCAGAAAACUGUAGUAGCUGUGUUGGCAUCAUUUAAUUAUAUUUUAAUUUCUUGAGUCCAGGAGAUUUUAUAUUAGUGCCACAAAUUAUUUGAUGGCAGACUUAUUCUUGUUUUUCAAUAGUGUUUCACUUUAUUUUCCUUUGUGCUUAUAACCAAAAAGAUUAUCUGUGUCUAGUAAUACAAUAUUUUCUUCAGAGAACUUUUAAAAUGUUAUGGGAUUUUAUGUAAAACCUUCUUAUAUACAGGUAUACCUCAGAGAUAUUGCAGGAUCGUUUCCAGACCACCACAGUAGAGCAAAUUGUAAUCUUUUUGCUGGUAGAGAUUCUUGCCUUCAAUUUGUAAAAAAUUCAACAUUUGUGACACGCAGUAAAGCAAAGUGCAAUCAAACAAGGAUCAAAAUACUUGCUGAACAGAGGAGUCAGAGACCAAUAAAAGUAAACUCCUACUUGAACGUCAUUUGACUGGUUAGCCAGUUGCUGAUGUAUAUUCACGAUGAGCGGAUUAGGAGAAAACUCCUUGGAUCCACUGGUCCCUGAUUCACGAAAACGCAAAUUGCCAUGUGAUACCCCGGGACAAGGUCUUACCUGCAGUGGUGAAAAGUGGAGACGGGAGCAGGAGAGUAAAUAUAUUGAAGAAUUGGCUGAACUGAUAUCUGCUAAUCUUAGUGAUAUUGACAAUUUCAAUGUCAAACCAGAUAAAUGUGCAAUUUUGAAGGAAACAGUAAGACAGAUACGUCAAAUAAAAGAGCAAGGAAAAGCUAUUUCCAAUGAUGAUGAUGUUCAGAAAGCUGAUGUAUCUUCUACAGGACAGGGGGUUAUUGAUAAAGACUCCUUAGGACCACUUUUACUUCAGGCAUUGGAUGGUUUCCUGUUUGUGGUGAAUCGUGAUGGAAACAUUGUAUUUGUGUCAGAAAAUGUCACACAAUACCUGCAAUAUAAGCAAGAGGACCUGGUUAACACAAGUGUUUACAAUAUCUUGCAUGAAGAAGACAGAAAGGAUUUCCUUAAAAACUUACCAAAAUCUACAGUUAAUGGAGUAGCUUGGACAAAUGAGACCCAGAGACAAAAAAGCCAUACAUUUAACUGCCGUAUGUUGAUGAAAACAUCACAUGAUAUUGUGGAAGACAUGAACACUAGUCCUGAAAUGCGCCAGAGAUAUGAAACCAUGCAGUGCUUUGCCCUGUCUCAGCCACGAGCUAUGAUGGAGGAAGGGGAAGAUUUGCAAUCCUGCAUGAUCUGUGUGGCACGCCGCAUUACUACAGGAGAAAGAGCAUUUCCGUCAAACCCUGAGAGCUUUAUUACUAGACAUGAUCUUUCAGUUGCAGGGGCAAUAUCAUCAGAUAUGAACAAUUUUACUGGAAAACUUGUCAAUAUAGAUACAAAUUCACUGCGAUCCUCUAUGAGACCUGGCUUUGAAGAUAUAAUUCGAAGGUGUAUCCAGAGAUUUUUUAGUCUUAAUGAUGGGCAGUCAUGGUCCCAGAAACGUCACUAUCAAGAAGCUUAUAUUCAUGGCCAUGCAGAAACGCCAGUGUAUCGAUUCUCUUUGGCUGAUGGAACUAUAGUGACUGCACAAACAAAAAGUAAACUCUUCCGAAAUCCUGUAACAAAUGAUCGUCAUGGUUUUGUUUCAACCCACUUUCUUCAGAGGGAACAGAAUGGGUAUAGACCGAACCCAAAUCCUGUUGGACAAGGCAUUAGACCUCCAGCGGCUGGAUGUAAUAACUCGGUAGGUGGCAUGAGCAUGUCACCGAACCAAGGCUUACCGAUGCUGAACAGCAGGACCUAUGGCUUGGCUGACCCCAGUACCACAGGGCAAAUGAGUGGAGCUAGAUAUGGGGCUUCCAGUAACAUAGCUUCAAUGAACCCUGGGCCAGCCAUCCAGUCACCAUCUUCCUACCAGAACAACACCUAUGGUCUCAGCAUGAGUAGCCCCCCACAUGGGAGUCCUGGUCUUGGCUCCAACCAGCAGAAUAUCAUGAUUUCUCCUCGUAAUCGUGGAAGUCCAAAGAUGGCCUCACAUCAGUUUUCUCCUGUAGCAGGUGUGCACUCUCCCAUGGGAUCUUCUGGCAGUACUGGGAGCCACAGCUUUUCCAGCAGCUCUCUCAGUGCCCUUCAAGCUAUCAGUGAGGGUGUGGGGACGUCUCUUUUAUCUACUCUGUCUUCACCAGGCCCCAAAUUGGACAACUCUCCCAAUAUGAAUAUAACUCAACCAAAUAAAGUGAACAGUCAGGAUUCUAAGAGUCCCUUAGGCUUGUAUUGUGACCAGAAUCCUGUGGAGAGUUCAAUGUGUCAGUCAAAUAGGGAUCACCUCAAUGACAAAGAUAGUAAGGAGAGCAAUGUCGAAGGGUCAGAGAAUCAACGGGGUCCUCUGGAAAGCAAAGGUCAUAAAAAAUUACUUCAGUUACUUACCUGUUCUUCUGAUGACCGGGGUCAUUCCUCUUUGACCAACUCCCCACUGGAUCCAAGUUGUAAAGAUUCUUCCGUUAGUGUCACCAGCCCCUCUGGGGUCUCCUCUUCAACAUCAGGAGGAGUGUCCUCUACAUCCAAUAUGCAUGGGUCACUGCUGCAAGAGAAGCACCGGAUUUUGCACAAGUUGCUGCAGAACGGGAAUUCACCAGCUGAAGUGGCCAAGAUUACUGCAGAAGCCACUGGGAAAGACACUAGUAGUACAACAUUCUGUGUGGAAGGAAACGUCAAGCAGGAGCAACUAAGUCCUAAGAAGAAGGAAAAUAAUGCCCUACUCAGAUACCUGCUGGACAGGGAUGAUCCUAGUGAUACUCUCUCUAAAGAAGUACAGCCCAAAGUGGAGGGAGUGGAUAACAAAAUGAGUCAGUGCAGCAGCUCCACAGUGCCUAGCUCAAGCCAAGAAAAAGAUGCUAAAAUUAAGACAGAAACAAAUGAAGAGGGAUCUGGAGAUUUGGAUAAUCUAGAUGCUAUUCUUGGGGAUCUGUCUAGUUCUGACUUUUACAAUAAUUCCAUAUCCACAAAUGGUAGUAAUCUGGGAACCAAGCAACAAAUGUUUCAAGGAACUAAUCCUCUGGGUUUGAGGAGUCCACAGUCUGUGCAGUCCAUUCGUCCUCCAUACAACCGAACAGUGUCUCUAGAUAGCCCUGUUUCUGUUGGCUCAAGUCCUCCAGUAAAGAAUAUCAGUGCUUUCCCCAUGUUACCAAAGCAACCAAUGUUGGGUGGGAAUCCAAGAAUGAUGGAUAGUCAGGAAAAUUAUGGUUCAAAUAUGGGUGGACCAAACAGAAACAUGACUGUGAAUCAGACUCCUUCCUCGGGAGACUGGGGCUUACCAAACUCAAAGGCCAGCAGAAUGGAACCUAUGAGUUCAAACUCCAUGGGAAGACCAGGAGCGGAUUAUAAUUCUGCUUUACCUAGACCUACAAUGGGUGGCUCGAUGCCCACCUUGCCUCUUCGGUCCAAUAGCAUUCCAGGUUCAAGACCAAUGUUACAGCAGCAGCAGCAGCAACAGCAGCAGCAGCAGCAGAUGCUUCAAAUGCGGCCUGGUGAAAUUCCCAUGGGAAUGGGGGUCAGUCCUUAUGGCCCAGCAGCACCAUCUAACCAAUCAGGUUCCUGGCCAGAUGGCAUGUUGUCCAUGGAACAAGGCCCUCAUGGGACUCAAAAUAGGCCACUUCUUAGAAAUUCCCUGGAUGAUCUUCUUGGGCCACCUUCAAACCUAGAAGGACAGAAUGAUGAAAGAGCAUUGUUGGACCAAUUGCACACACUCUUGAGCAACACCGAUGCCACAGGCUUAGAAGAAAUUGACAGAGCUCUGGGCAUCCCUGAACUUGUAAAUCAAGGACAAGCUUUGGAGCCCAAACAGGAUGUUUUCCAAGGACAAGAAGCAUCAGUAAUAAUGGAUCAGAAGGCAGCAUUAUAUGGGCAGACGUAUCCAGCACAGGGGCCUCCAAUGCAAGGAGGCUUUAAUCUUCAGGGACAAUCACCAUCUUUUAACUCUAUGAUGAGUCAGAUGAACCAGCAAGGCAGUUUUCCUCUCCAGGGAAUGCACCCUAGGGCCAACAUCAUGAGACCUCGGACAAACACCCCCAAGCAACUUAGAAUGCAGCUUCAGCAGAGGCUGCAGGGCCAACAGUUUUUGAAUCAGAGCCGGCAGGCACUUGAAAUGAAAAUGGAAAACCCCACUGCUGGUGGAGCUGCAGUGAUGAGGCCCAUGAUGCAGCCCCAGGUGAACUCCCAGCAGGGUUUUCUUAAUGCCCAGAUGGUUGCCCAGCGCAGCAGGGAGCUGCUAAGUCAUCACUUUCGACAGCAGAGGGUGGCAGCGAUGAUGAUGCAGCAGCAGCAGCAGCAACAGCAGCAGCAGACCCAGGCCUUCAGCCCACCCCCUAAUGUGACUACCUCCCCCAGCAUGGAUGGGGUUUUGGCAGGGCCUGCCAUGCCACAGGCGCCACCCCAGCAGUUUCCAUAUCCACCAAAUUAUGGGAUGGGACAACAGCCAGAUCCAGCCUUUGGUCGAGUGUCCAGUCCUCCCAAUGCAAUGAUGUCAUCAAGAAUGGGUCCCUCCCAGAAUCCUAUGAUGCAGCACCCUCAGACUGCACCUAUGUAUCAGUCCUCGGAAAUGAAGGGCUGGCCAUCAGGAAACUUGGCCAGGAACAGCUCCUUUCCCCAGCAGCAGUUUGCCCACCAGGGGAAUCCUGUUGCAGCAUAUAGUAUGGUGCACAUGAAUGGCAGCAGCGGUCCCAUGGGACAGAUGAACAUGAACUCCAUGCCCAUGUCUGGCAUGCCCAUGGGCCCUGAUCAGAAAUACUGCUGACAUCUCUACACCAGGACCUCCAAAGAAAUCACUGUACAAAUGGCACCGCACUAGGAUUAUCGGGAGUAAGGAAUCAUUGUUCUAGGCAGCCAGCUUUGAAGAAAGGACCAGCUUUCAUCUCCACAAGGGUAUUCCAAGUGAUGUCAUUUGAGUAGGACUGGAUUUUAAGCUGAAGUGUGAUAGCUACCUUUUCUUUUUCCCCCCUCCUAUGUAUCAUGGUGUUCAAAACAAAUAGUUUUGGCGUUCUGCUUCUUAGAGAUAUGGUUCUGGAGGGACCGGAGUGUUACUGAUUGCAAAACUCUCCCGUGUCCCUUCUGUCUGCCUGGCUAUUCAGCCUUUCAAGUAUAUAUAAGUGGUCCAGAGAACAUUGGAGAAACCACGAGCGAUGAGAGCAUCUGGUUUCUCUAGUUGCAGCAGCAUUGGAGGAAGAGCGUAGUCCCAGCCCUCAUUUGUUUCUGUCACCACCAGGCAGUUCUGCCCCAUAGGGUUGGCAUUUGAGUCUUCCUCGAAUGAUAGUGUUGAGUUGCUCCAGCCCUAUUCUCAGUUGUCCUAGGCUUUAGCUGGAUUUUCACUUGUUCCUAAUGUUUUGUCACACUUCACCUCCAGGAAUUCUCCUUGAUAUCAAAUGGCCUUGUAGAGGGGGAAAUGAGAUGACAGUAUUUAAUGCAGCAGUAGCAAUUUCUCACAUGCUAACGUGCCGCCGAGUGCACUUUAUUUAAAAAGUAGUGGAUAAAUGCAAUAUUCUUGAGGUCUUGAGGAAUGGUGAACCACAUUCCUGGUUUUUGUCUAAGCUGUUGGAUAAGAACUAUGAUUUUGUUGAAAGUACUGGUGUCACCCUUUGCCUAUAUGGUAGAGCAAUAAUGCUUUUUGAAAAUAAACUGCAGAAAACCCAAGGCCAGGUACUGCAUUCUGAAUCAGAAUCUCGCAGUUUGUGAAUAGAUUUGCUUUUGUAAAUAUAACCUUUAAGAUAUUAUAUUAUGUAAAAUAUGUAUAUACCUUUUUUGUAGGUCACAACAACUCAUUUUUACGGAGUUUGUGAAGCUAAAUAUUUAACAUAGUUGAUUUCAGUAAGCUCAGUGUGGUGAGGUUACAAACAGAAGAGACAUCCCCUGAAUUUUGUGGCCUGGGGGAGAGGACAGCAAUCCAAAGCUUUUCCUUCCCUCUAGCCUUAGAUGCCUCACUCUUUUCAGUCCCUUAAUCUAAAAGCUUUUUAAAGAGAUCAUUUGUUUAGAUGUAGGCAUUUAAAUUUUUUUAAAAAAUUCUUCUACCAAAACUAAGCACUUUGUUAAUUUUGGGGGAAAGAAUAGACAUGGGGAAAUAAGCUUUUAAAAAAAGGUAUCAAGAAUUAAAAAAUAUCAAGCAAUUUGAUUUUAAAAAGAAUCUUGCAUUUUAAGCUGCCCAUAAAUAAAACAAAAGCAAUUCAUGUUUUGUUUUUUGUUUUUAAAUUGAAUAUGGCAUCUUUUUGUCCACUUUGAGGAUUGUGCUAAGGUUUUGGUUACCAGGACCUAAAUCCCAAUUGAGCUCUCAGGAGUAGAAUCCUUGAUGUGUGGUUUCUAAUGUCUGCUCAGCUGUCUUGCCAUUUACUAACAUGAUGUUUUCACCAUCCCUGAGAAUAAGAGAUGUCCUGGUUAUUUCGUAAAGACUCAGCCCCAAGAAGUCACUUUUGUGUGAUUCAGAGCUGUAGUCUGAGCGCCUUUGCACUCCCUCCCUCUGCUACCUACCCCUGCCCUUGUCAGCUGUUGCCACUCCCUGACACUUAUUCUGGUCGGUUGGGAAUAGGGAAAAAAAAAAAAAAAAAAAAAUCAAAUUUAAUUCCUUGUAUCUAGUUUACUUUUAUUAAGUUCAAACAAUUGAAUGAAAUUGGGUUUUUGGAAUAUCUAUGAAUCUCAAAUGUCUCUGCUAGCCUUGGUGUCAUUUCCUAGCAAUAACUGAGAGCCAGUUAAUUUUUAUUUCACACACGUUUAGCUAAUCUUUCUAGGUGCCUCUGAAGGUAAGAUCAUUUCAUUUCUUUGACUUGCUUAUGAAUAAGUGAAACCUGUAUUUCUAGAACCACCAUUAGAGUGGAUUUGAGUCCAACACCUCAUCCCAUCUAAGAUUGUAAAUCCAUCAACUUCCAUCAUAGUGGCCUGUACUUUUCAGAUAACAUAUCGUCCUGUCUGGAGAUGGAGACAUAAGAAAGAGUCUCUGUCUUUUUAGACACAGUUGUGUUAGGUGUGUCUGAACCUUGUUUCAGUCGUGUGUGCAUGGGGAGAAAUAGAAUGGUGCUCUUACCUUUUUCACUUUUAAAAAUUAAGAACAAAACAAAAAGUUUUGUGAUUCUUUUCCUUAGUCCUGGCUCCAGGCUAACUGGAAGGCAGCACCCCUUUUUUAUAUUUAAAAAAAUGAAGUUUAUUAUAAGUUUUUAUAUUUUCUACUUGUUCAUUUUAUUGGUGCAAACUUAAGAUUUUGAUUUUCUUUUAAUAGCUGCAGUCUUUGAGAUAAUUUGUUGUUUUUAACUUUUAUUGCUCUUUUAUCUUUUUUGGAUAAUUCUUUGUACUCCUGCUGCCUACCUCUCCUCGCCCUCCUCCCUCCUCUUUUUUAAACCUUGGUAUCUGUUGGGUGAACAGUAUAAGUAAUCUUUUCAUCUGCUUUUAGAAUGUGAGAUAUUUCCAGUAUACCUACUUUCUUGCUGAAUCCAAAGAUAAAUAUAUAUAUUUUUAAAAGAUCAAAAUGAUAUGAAGGAGAUACAUGUUUCUUCCUUUAGAAAAGCAAAUAGAAAUUGUUAAUGUUCAUGUUAUGAUGCCACUUUUCUAAAUUGUGCAUCUUGAUGGAAAGGUGUAAAUAUCAAUCAACAGGACUGCUUAAUCCUAUUUACUCUCUGAGGUGAGUUGGGGGUAUAGGGUGAGGUGCUGUAGAACACCAUUGGCUUGCUGUCCUAGAAAUUCUUUGGUCCAGAGAUAGAUACAGCUGGAAAGUAAGAGAAUGCAUUGCCAGUUACCCAUAUGCCUGUCCAGUUCCCUUUUUAUUUGUAGAAGCCAUGAGUUUGUUCACAAGUGGGAAAUGCAUAGGAGCAAAACCUCUAGGAUAGAUGAGAUUUCCUCCUGCCACAGCAGAGUGGGAGCUGCUUUUCAGCCCCAAGGCAAACUGUUUAAUAUGAGUAGGGUGUUCUUUUUCCCCCUUCUUUCUCUUUCCAAUGUGUGGAAUUUUGAAGAAGAUGGAAAUGUCAUUCUGAGAGCAAUAUUUAAAUUCUCAGGAAUUGACUUAUAGUAUUGAGAAUGAAUUCAGUUUCAAUCAAGUUUACAUUAAAUGUUGCUUUUAAAAAAAUCUAAAUCAUUCUUUACACUGCGAAGAAUCCAGACCACAUGGGAUAACUUAUGAGAUGGUUGUGUGGUAAGCUAUGACUGUUUUGCUGAUCAUUUUGGGUGUCACUGUAAAUAAAGGUUUCUAUUUAAAAUUAAA